AUGUCCACCACCGUGCAUCCUGAAGUCACAUGGGCUCAGCGCUCUUCCGACUCGGAGCCCGAGCGCAAUUACCUCUAUGUGAACCUCAAGACCCCCGACGUUCCCAAGGCUGAUGCCAAGUUGGACAUUACCCCUACCAAUGUUUUUUUCACUGGUACCUCCGGCAAGGGUGUCACAUAUUCUGUCUCCCUGGACCUUUACGGCGAGAUCGACCCUGAGAACAGCAAGGUUCACCACACCGACCGCGAGGUUGAGCUGGUCCUCCGCAAGAAGGAGCUGAAGAUGGAGUACUGGCCCCGUCUCUUGAAGGAAGCUAAGAAGGCUCACUUCCUCAAGACCGACUUCGACAAGUGGGUGGACGAGGACGAGCAGGACGAGGCCGCUGAGGACGACUACGCCAACAACUUCGGCGGAUUCGGUGGCGAGGACGGCGGUGGUCUGAGCAACAUCGACUUCUCCAAGCUCGGCGGUAUGGGUGGUGCUGGUGGCAUGCCCGACCUGAACGCCCUUGCUGGUAUGGCAGGUGGCGCCCCCGGUGCCGAGGGUGACGAAGAAGAUGAUGACCUUCCCGACCUCGAGGAGGCCGAUGGCAAGUCCAAGAUCCAGGAGAUUUCUUAA